AUGACGCUUGGGAAUGGGAAUCGCCUUGAUGGGCCCGGCUGCCCCCCGCAUAUUCCACAGGCCCGCCCCACGGAAAUGAGACAUGCGAGGGCAAGCGAGGGAACACGUAAGAAUGCUCUUUUUGGGGGGUUCAGUGUUUUUUUGUGCUCCAUCUCUUUUUUGCUCUUGCGUUUGUCACACGCACUCCAAACGCGUUUUUUGGGAAUGUUUGGCGCGAAAUGUGCUGAAGUGUGGAUGACGUUUAGUCCGAGAAAUCUGCUGCCCAACAAUGUUUCCAUUGCUUUUCGGAGGCAUCAGCGGAUUGAACCUCAAUAUCACUUGCUUGGUUGA